GUGGUUUUGAUUAGUUGGCCGAGGCAAUGAGUUUGUCCCUUCCCUUGCAAUCGAGGCAAUGAGUUUGUCCCUUCCCUUGCAAUCGAGUUCGAUUUAAUUAGGAGCGUUUUCUUUUUAGUUGGUCCAGAACAAAAAAGAUAUCAGAGACGACAUGUCGUUUAUGUCUUUAAAGUCGACCACGUCUUUUCUCUUCGAAAGAAUUUUGCUUAAACCCUCAAAACCCUCAUCAGUGCCACCUUUAGCCAGUCGCUAGGGCACAACUCUCUCUCUGGCGAGUUGCAUCGAUUUGUGAAAAAUGAAUAACCUGAAGUUGUAUUCGGAGGUCUCGUUGAAUCUCCAGUUACAGUCGAAAGAGGAGCUUAUACUCUUCUCCGCCUUCGAUAUCGAGCAGAAUCGCUUGUUCUUCGCUUCUUCCUCCAAUAACAUUUACGCCACUCACCUUUCUUCUAUCCAGCAUGAAAGAGCAUGGAGCAGAACCUCAAUAUGUGCACAAGUUCAUCAAAUUGAAUUGGAGCCUGAGGACUUCAUCACUUCCUUUGGUUACCUAAUGGAGAAAGAAGCGCUCUUGGUGGGUACAAGUAAUGGGCUUCUGCUUCUGCAUUCUGUGGAUGAUAAUGACACCCAAAUCGUCGGUGGAGUGGAUGGCGGCGUCAAGUGCAUUGCGCCUAGUCCAGAUGGAGACCUUCUUGCCAUAACUACUGGUUCUGGGCAGAUACUGGUAAUGACUCAGGAUUGGGAUUUGUUGUACGAGACCGCACUUGAGGAUCUUCCGGAAGAUGUCAACCACGUAUGUGAAACACAAUUUGAAAGCUCCAUUUCCUGGCGAGGUGAUGGGAAAUACUUUGUCACACUAAGUGAGGUGCUGGAUUCGACAUCCUUGCAUAAGAGGCUUAAAAUUUGGGAGCGACAUUCGGGUGCAUUACAUGCUGUUUCAGAAUCAAAGUCAAUGGGAUCAGUUGUCGACUGGAUGCCCAGUGGAGCAAAAAUUGCAGCCGUGUAUGAUAGGAAAUCAGAAAAUGAGUGUCCCUCAAUAGUUUUCUUUGAGAGGAACGGGUUAGAAAGGAGCUUGUUUAGCAUUAAUGAGGAAACAAAUGCAACCAUAGAAUUUCUCAAGUGGAAUUGCAGUUCAGAUCUUCUUGCUGCCAUUGUCAGAUGUGACAAUUAUGACUGUGUCAAGGUAUGGUAUUUCAGUAACAACCACUGGUACUUAAAAUCUGAAGUUAGAUACCCAAGACAGGAUGGAGUGAGGUUUGUUUGGAAUCCAACAAAGCCAUUGCAGUUAUUGUGUUGGACUCUCGGAGGCCAGAUUACAUCGUAUGACUUCAUAUGGAAUUCAGCUGUGAUGGAUGACUCAACCGCACUAGUAAUUGAUGACUCCAAGAUACUUGUAACCCCCCUUUCUUUGUACCUAAUGCCACCUCCCAUGUACAUUUUCAGCCUUAAAUUCCCAAGUGCUGUACGGGACUUGGCUUACCAUUCCAAGAAUUCUAAGAACUGUUUGGCUGCUUCUCUGUCAGAUGGUUGUUUAUGUGUCGUAGAGCUUCCGGCCACUGAUUCUUGGGAAGAACUAGAAGGCAAAGAAUUUUCCGUUGAAGCAUCUGUUUCUGAAUCACCAUUUGGUUCUUUAUUGCAUCUGAUAUGGUUGGACCCACAUAAAAUUCUUGCUGUUUCGCACUAUGGAUUCAGUCAUAGUAAAUACGUAUCUCAAACUUCAUCAAGUGAGGAUGGCGCCGGUUUUUAUUUGCAGGAAAUUGAGCUUAUAUGCUCCGAGGAUCAUGUCCCAGGAUCAGUGACAUGCUCAGGCUGGCAUGCCAAAGUUUCCAGCCAAAACUCUCUAGAAGAGAUGAUUAUUGCAAUUGCUCCUAAUCCUGCUCGGAAAGGUUCAGCAUUUGUUCAAUUUGAUGGUGGAAAGGUUUCCGAGUAUGUUCCAAAGUUGGGCAUCACCAGAGGGGUUCCAAAACACAAUUGGAGUUUCUCAUCAACUUGCCCUUCUAUGAGUGUGGUUCUAGUUGGAAACAGUGGGUCAUUGGAACCUUUACUUUUUGGACUUGAGGACAGUUGUAGGUUGCACGUUAGUGGGAAGAUAAUAUGCAACAACUGCAGCAGUUUCUCAUUCUACUCAAAUUUGGAUGACCAAGUGACCACGCAUUUAAUUUUGGCAACUAAGCAGGAUUGUCUUUUUAUUGCUGACAUAACAGAUAUAUUGCACAGAGAGCUGGAAAUAAAAUUUGAGAACCCCAUACAAGCUGGUAGCAAGAAACGAGAAGAUAAUAGAAACUUCAUAACCAUAUGGGAAAGAGGUGCUAAAAUUAUUGGUGUCCUGCAUGGAGAUGAAGCUGCUGUUAUAUUGCAAACAACUCGGGGAAAUAUAGAAUGCAUUUAUCCAAGAAAAUUGGUCCUGGCCUCUAUUUGCAAUGCAUUGGUCCAGAGGCGUUUUAGAGAUGCACUUCUCAUGGUGAGGCGGCAUAGAAUAGAUUUCAAUGUCAUUGUUGACUAUUGUGGUUUGCAAGUGUUUCUCCAAUCAGCUUCAGAAUUUGUCAAGCAGGUUAAUAAUUUGAACUACAUAACUGAGUUUGUUUGUGCCAUAAAGAAUGAAAACAUUAUAGAGACACUAUAUAAAAGUUUUAUCUCUCUACCUUUCCCAAAAGAAGCUAAAGAUGUGCAAUCUCAAGACUCCAAGGGUUUUGAUUCUAAUAACAAGAUAUCUUCUGUGCUUCUGGCCAUAAGGAGGGCUCUUGAGGAACAAUUACCACAAGUUCCUGCAAGGGAGCUUUGCAUUUUAACCACUCUAGCUCGAAAUGAACCCCCUGCACUUGAUGAAGCUUUGGAGAGAAUAAAAGAUAUCCGUGAAAUGGAAUUGUCAGGUUCCAAUGACCAGAAAAGAAUGUCUUACCCCUCUGCCGAAGAGGCUUUGAAGCAUCUUCUAUGGUUAUCUGAUUCUGAAUCUGUUUAUGAGGCUGCUUUAGGCCUUUAUGAUUUGAACCUUGCAGCUAUGGUGGCAUUGAACUCUCAGCGGGACCCUAAAGAAUUUCUUCCUUUUCUCCAAGAAUUGGAAUGCAUGCCGGUUACUUUAAUGCGCUAUAACAUUGACCUAAAGCUGCACAGGUUUGAGAAAGCUCUCAAGCACAUUGUUUCUGCAGGAGACACUUGUUAUGCAGAUUCUAUGAACCUGAUGAAGAAAAAUCCUCGACUUUUCCCCUUGGGACUUCAACUGAUUGCUGAUCCUGCCAAGAAGAGGCAAGUCCUCGAGGCCUGGGGAGAUCAUCUUAGUGAUGAAAAAUGCUUUGAGGAUGCUGCUGCAACUUAUUUGUGCUGUUCCAGUUUGGAGAAGGCUUUGAAGUCAUACCGUGCUUGUGGUAAUUGGAGUAAGGUGCUAACAGUUGCUGGGAUUCUAAAACUGGGUGAAGAUGAGAUAAUGCAACUCGCUCAUGAGCUUUGUGAAGAACUUCAAGCUCUUGGUAAACCAAGUGAAGCAGCCAAAAUUGCGCUGGACUAUUGUGGUGAUGUUAACAACGGGAUGAAUUUGUUGAUUAGUGCAAGGGACUGGGAGGAGGCCUUGAGAAUCGCUUUAAUGCACAAUAGACAGGAUUUGAUCUCUGAUGUGAAGAAUGCAUCCUUGGAAUGUGCAAGCUUGCUUGUCGGUGAAUAUGAGGAAGGUGUGGAGAAAGUAGGGAAGUACUUGGCUCGCUACUUAGCUUUGCGACAAAGAAGGUUACUUCUUGCUGCAAAACUCCAGUCAGAGGAACGGUCAAUGAACGAUCUUGAUGAUGAUACUGCUUCAGAGGCUAGCAGUAAUUUCAGUGGAAUGAGUGCUUACACCACUGGGACCAGGGACAGCUCUGUCACUUCCACCAGAUCAAGUGCAGCAAGCAAGGCAAGAGAUGCCAGGCGUCAGAGAAAAAGAGGAAAAAUCCGUGCUGGCAGUCCUGGCGAGGAAUUGGCUCUGGCAGACCACUUGAAGGGCAUGUCUCUAACCACUGGAGCGAUGUACGAGCUAAAAUCUUUAUUACAUUCGCUUGUGAUGCUUGGCGAGGUUGAAACUGCGAGGAAGCUGCAAAAGGCUGGGGAAAACUUGCAACUGUCUCACAUGGCAGCAGUCAGACUAACUGAAGAUACAAUAUCCAGUGAUAGCAUAGAUGAGCAUACACAGACUUUGGAUCACUACGCACAAAUUAUUAGAAGUGAAGUGCAGAACUCCGAGGCGUUCUUUUGGCGGUGUAAUGUAUUUGUUUCCCCUUAACAAGCGAGUUCGGUAACUCUCUAUUUACAAAAAUCUUUCGAGACGCAGCUUGGACAUGCUCGUUAUGCGGAUGAAAUGUGCAUGCGAGCAUGUGAAAAAGGACCAUUCUUUGAAGGUAGGCACUUCUGACAUUUCUUAGAAGUGAAGUGCAGAAGAACUCCGAGGUGUUCUUUUGGCGGUGUAACGUAUUUGUUUCCCCUUAACAAGCGAGUUCCAGAUUGAUACACAUAGAGAACUGUCAUCUGCUUGCUGUGUGUAGUUUUGCACGUGCUGGACUCUGGUUGCUGAAGAAGGGUAUAGGAGGAGGAAGAAAUAAAGAGAAGACAAUUCCAUCAAAGCAGCGACUGAUUCAACUCUUUUUUUUCCCUUUUUAUGUAUUGAAUCUUGUAUCAGCUACUUGAUUAUCUUUUACUCACUGUAAUAAACUAAUACCAUUACAAUUUAGGUUUUGUGACUUUAUAAAAUUAUAUUUCUUGUGAGGAAUUCAUGAGUUUUUGUAUUGCCUUCCAAUCGUGAAGAUAUGUAUAUAUAUAUAUGCUUGGAAAGUGAUUGGAAAAGUAAACAUGUUACUAACUGAAUGUAAUAUUCACGAUUGUUUUAUAAAAUUUU